AUGCCAGAGGAGGAUCCACCACGGGACGCCGCUCCCCUCAUAGCGGCCAUCAAUCCGACACGUACGCGGCGAUGGGCCGUUAUGCUCUGCUUUCCCCUCUUCAUCGCCCUCGCCAGUCCGUGGUGGUGGGCCACCACGUCCAUCGUCCGCCUUCCCCUCCCUGUCGCGCGCAUCGCGGCUCUCGAAAGCCAAGGGGACCCAGUGAUAAGCACCCUCAUCUCGCUGACUGGCAACGACGCCGCGUUCCCCAAGGCGCCCGCCGGGCGCGCAGACUUCCCAACGGCCACCAAGCUCGACGCGCUCGCGACCGAGGUCAUCAAGGGCGUGGACGGGAUGCUCGGCCGCGAUCGCCCGGAUGUGCGUGGUACCAGGCGGUGGGAUAUGGUAACGAACGGGCCGAAGAGCGCCUCGCAUCGCGUGCAUAUCGAAGUCUCGGAGUCGGCGAAAGCGGACUGGCCGCUUGAGCCCUACGUCCAGACCUCGUAUGGGACAGCCGACGUGCAGCCCGGAACAGUAGUGAUUCCCAUUCAUCCGUCGAUGGUGUCGGACCUGAACCUCAAGCGACACUACAAGAUCGCGCUAGUUAACGCUAUCCACAACCUCCUUCCCUCACACCUCCCGCCGCUUGCCAACCGCGCACUAGCCUACAGCCCGAACAUCACGCUCUCGUUCGUCGUCGUCAACGAGGAUGCGGCGGACGGCGCGUUCGUCGACGGAUGGGACAUCGAUGGCGCCCUCCGUGACCACAUCCUGCCCCACCUGGAGCCUCUCGCACCCGUCUUUAACUUCUCCGUCGAGAGCCAGGUGCUUUACCACGCGCCCUUGGCAUUCGAGCCCACCCAUGACGAAGAGGGAUGGGUCGUCGAUGAGGACGGAAUGAAGAUGUUCGUGAGCGAGCGCUGGACGCUGGACUCGCUCAGCACGAACAACCCCGUCCUCAAGUUCCUCCUCUUCGUCCCGAGCGCACAACACGCUCCAUUACGGCUGAGUGCGAACGCGACAUCCUUCCUCAUUCCGCAGUUCGGGUCCGUGGUCCUCCUCAACCCGCCUGCCGAAGCAGGCGCAUACACUCUCUCUCUCGACGCGCUCGACCGACCCUUCAAGCAGUUCACGGAGCACCUGUACGGCCUCCUCUCGCUCCCAGCCCUGUUCGAUAAGCUGCAUCCCUGCCCUGAGACGGUACCCAAAGGUGGUAAGACGCGGGCGCAGCGCGGAUUGCGCGAUCCUCUCACCGUGUGGCAGCUCGACACAAUCCUCCGCGUCCGGAUGGCUGAGAACGCCGCCGAGGGACGCAAGACGCUCGGUGGUAUCGUGCGUCUCGUCGACAAGAUUAAGGAGAUGCAGCUGGGCUCCGGCGUGCGGGACAAAGUGCUCGGCGCGGUGCGGCGACUUGAGGAGCUACCAGACACGGCACAGGACAUGUCCCCACUCAACGCUUUCGUGCUCUCCCGCGACGCUGUGGGCCUUGCGAAUGAGGCAUUCUUUGACCCCUCGAUGAUGGGCCUGCUGUAUUUCCCUGACCAACACAAGUUUGCUGUGUACACGCCCCUCUUCGCGCCCAUUGGCGUGUCCAUAGUCGUUGGCAUCCUCCGCGAGAUCGUUAAUAUCCUCAAGAGGCGCAAAGCGGCAAGGAAGACAGCCAACGAGAAGAAGAAGGUCGAUGAGAGGUUAGACAUUGGCCCCGAGGCGGAGUCUACAGGCAUGACGACGGCCAUGGACACUCCCGCCGCCGCGCGCCUCCGCACGGCCAACACUACAUAG